UAAUACAUUAAGACAAUGAAUUACACGAAAUUUGUAUUUUUCAUUCUUUUAUUUCCUUUAUUUAAGAAUUUCGAUUUUACACGCGUCAUACGCUCUAGACGUAAAUCACCUACCUACCUGAUUUAUAAUAUUUAUAACGUGAUUUUUAUGUGCAUUUUUUAUAAUAUUCAAAAAUUACAUUACUGGCAAAUUAUAUAAUAUUUAUUAUAUAAUUUGGCUACUAUUAAUUAAUUAUUAAUACUGGCUACAUUACUGGCAAAAUUAUAUAAUUUAUAUUUAAAAUUCUUCAUAACUUUUUUACUGCGAAGUGAUAAAUAGUGUGUUUAUAAAUAUGCAUGUCGUUUGAAGUAUUUACGAAGUAAAUCGUUUAAGAAAUGAACAAAGAGUGCCUAUGGUAGUACUAUAUAUCGCUAUGGUCAAAGAUGCCAAUUCUUAAGAAGCAUUGCUUCUGCUGAAGUGGCCAACUUGAAGAGGCUUGCUAAGGCACAAUGAGAGCCAUUGUAUCAGUCGUAUUGGUCACACUACUGUAUGGGAUAAGCUCAGCCCCCAUUUAUGCCAGUAGAAUAUGUGCAAGUAGAAAAAAAAAUAAUGAAUAUAAUUCCUUGAAACAAAAUUCAGCAGGGGUGCCUGAAGAUGUACCCAAUAACAGUAAUGUAGUUCGUAUCUCAGCAGAUGAUGACAUUAAAUUUGAAAUAUGUAAUAAUUUUUGUCAUGCAUUGUGGCAAGAAAAUAAGACUGCAAAUGGUACAGAAAUUAUCAUUUUAUCACAAGGUUGCUGGAAACAAUCUGGUGAACAAAAGUGUGAAAACACAGAAUGCAUGGCAUUGCAACGUUCUACCAAGGCUUUAAAUAAUACCAAGUUUUGUUGCUGUCAUGGAGAUUAUUGUAAUUUAAAUAUUACAAAUAAUAACCUCUUGUACUCUGACAACAAGAUAUUUAAUUCUGCGCCAGUGCAGAAAAAUCUUGCAACAACCGAAUAUUUGGAACAGUCAGAUUCGGAAAGAUGGUUACUCAUCAUACUGAGCACAUUAGUUUGCAUUUUAUUGGUGAUAUGUACAAUAGCUAUGAUGAUAUAUCGAACGUAUCGUAACAAUAUAUUAGCAAGAUUAGGAAAACCCAUGUCUUAUAACGACCAAUUUAUGGAUAGCACAGCAUUAAGGACUGGUACUUACACGGUUGAUCAUUUAAAACUGACUACAAUUGUGGGACAAGGACGAUAUGGUUCCGUUUGGCAAGGCAGUAUGGGUGAUCAAGACGUUGCUGUGAAAAUAUUUCCUUCUCAUUAUCGUAAUUAUUUUCAAAAUGAGAGAGAUACUUACUGUUUACCCUUUAUGGAACAUCCAUCUCUGUUAAGCUAUUACGGUGUGGACGAAAGAAUAAGCAUGGAGGGUAGUACAGAAUAUCUUUUAGUAUUAAGCUUUGCACCGGGUGGUACUUUAACAGACUUCUUACAAGCGCAUACCGUUGACUGGAUGACGUUUUGCAAAAUGGGUCUUUCCAUAGUUAAGGGACUUGCAUAUUUGCAUACCGAUAUACGUAAAGGUGAUAAAUUCAAGCCCUGUAUCGCACACAGAGAUAUAAACUCGAGAAAUAUACUGAUUAAAACUGAUGGAAACUGUUGCAUAUGUGACUUAGGACUAGCAGUGCAAAUAUCCGGAUCUAAGUAUUACUCUAAUGGAGAAGAACAACACGCUGAAAUAAAAUCAAUUAACGACGUGGGUACUUUGAGAUACAUGGCACCGGAAGUAUUAGAGGGUGCUGUAAAUCUACGAGAUUGUGAAAGUUCUCUCAAACAAAUAGAUGUUUAUGCAAUGGGCCUAGUGUUGUGGGAAUUGGUUUCGAGGUGUUCCGAUAUUUACAUUCCUGGGUCAGAGGUGCCUCAAUAUAAACAGCCGUAUGAAAAUGAAAUUGGAUUGCAUCCUACAUUCGAGCAGAUGCAAGUAUUGGUAUCGCGUAAAAAGGCGAGACCUCUUUUAGAGGGGAACUUAAUCGAUAGACCAGGAGUGCGUCUUAUCAAGGAAACUAUGGAAGAUUGUUGGGAUGCAGAUGCUGAAGCGCGUUUGACAGCUUUAUGUAUAGAAGAACGUCUUUCGGAACUACAAUCUCAUCGUAUCACUUCGUACUUUACCGACGGGAGCCCCAUGGUGAACUCUCACUGUGCCUUAGUGCCUUCAACCACAAAUAGCCUUUAUAGCGAAACUUCACAUCACGAUAAUAUACACGUCGUUCAACUUGCGAUGCAUAUGAGUCAAGAUGGGUCUACGAACGAAAGCAAUAUGGUCGAUAAUUUGGUUACGCUUUCACCCUCUGACAGUGUUGCCCACGAACAUAGCUUUAAAAACUCCAACGAGGUAGCCGUGUAUAAUCACACGCAAACUCUUCAACCUUAUCAAGGAAGAAAUCCUUGUAUGGAGAGAAAUUUGAUGUUACAGUCCGAUUCCUUGGAGGAUCUAGGAUGUAACGGUAACGUUUUAGUCGAUAAAUCUUUGAAGCACACGUGCAAUGAUCAAUACAAAGUCGUGACAGAGGCGCAAGGUCUCGUCUCGCACGAUUACUUGGGUCAACAUACGACUCAACUGGCGCAACUUAGACCAGCGACACCGAUACCAUACGUUCAAAAUGUCAUAUCCGAGGAUGGCGCUACGUCGUACAACAAACGAAAGCAAACCAACGUUCACGAUAAUUUUCUUCAAGAAAGUCCACGGAAAAAGAUUUUUGGUGGUUGGCCGAAUUUAAAGAAAUUGCUUGUUAAUAAGAAGAUGCACCCGUAUAAUAAGUAUCCGAUAGACAGGGAAGAUUCUAAAUCCAACUUACUGUCGAAGCAAAAUGUACAAAUUAAAACUGUGGACACUAACGUGACUAUUUCUUCCGGUGGGAAAUACGUUAAUGGUAUUAUUGGCAAGACGUCUACUUCGACUGCGCCGAUAGUAAAAAAUGAUAAGAAUGUAGUACAAACUGGAAAGCACGCGUACGAUAAUGAUGGUACGACUAAUGCUCGACCAUCGACCUUACCGCUAGUUAAUUUGAAAAAUAAGAAAGGUGAGAGCAAUCUUAGUAGGCAAGAAAGUAUUGACAAAUUCAACGAAGUCUUUAAUGUUAGAUCUAAUGUAAACGUGUUGAAAGAUCCGCAUAUGAGAAUAAAAACUCCAGGAGAUUUACCUCCUUCCGUAAGAAAGAUUCGUGGUCGUGCGCAAUCGACGGCUAGAUUUUCGCUCUAUGACGAUCGGAUGAUGUGUAAUAUUCUUAGCGAGGAAGACGAUCGUAGCGACAAAGCCAUUUGGAAUUCAGUGCCAUUUGGUAUGGAUCUUGGUGAAGGCGAUGGAACAAGUUCACCCAUAAAACAUAGUACCAAAAAUGUUACUUGCUUCUAAUGAGAAACACCGAUAUCAAUGUAUAUGUAAAAUCUCUAUAUGUACGAAUAAGUGAAACUAAAAGGCUGAACUGCAAUUCCGCCUGAAAGAUAUGUACAGAGAAAUUUUGUUUUAAAAGUAAAUAAGAUUUUAUACUUAA